CUUGUUGAGCUGUCUCCGAUGAACACACGGGCCCUGCUCUGGAGGGGUCCAGACAUGACCCCCCCUCCUUUUGCUUGGGGCUCUGUCCUGCUGGUACUGAGUUCCUGAGAAGGCUCCUCCUUCACCCUGCUCCUUGAUGGUGCUGGGAGAGCCAUUGUGGGAAGGGCAAAAAGAGGGACAAUCCAGUGGUGGAGAAAACCAGCAGGAUUUUGCAAAUAAAGAACGGGGAGAGCCCAUGGGGACAACCAGCCCCGUCCCUGCUGCCCUUCUGCCUGGAUUUGCUUCCUCCCCCCAUCCAGGCUCUGCUCUCUCCCAAAGCUGCUCCCAAAAAGGCCAGUAAAUGCCACCCAAAGGGCGGCUGAGACCUCCUAAGCUCCUGUCAAACAGCGGCGAGGCUGCUCAGGAGCUGACCCAGCUGAUGGAACCAACGUGUCGCUCUUCCCUCCGGCUCGGCCGCUCUGUUUGCCUUUCCCUGCCUCCCCCCUCUCCCCUAAUCCAGGCUGGAGCUGCUCCCAGGGCUCAGCCCGGGGCUCCCCUGACCCUGCCCUCACCAUCCCCCCAGCUGGGAGCCCUGGCUGUGACUCUGGGGGUGCUGCUGGCCCUGCUGGGCUGCGCCGCCGCGCCGGAUCCCACCCUGGAGGAGGCCUGGGAAGAGUGGAAGAGUCUCUAUGCCAGGGAGUACCCAGGGGAGGAUGAGACCUUCCGCAGGGAGAUCUGGGAGAAGAACCUGCGCCACAUCCAGCGGCACAACCGGGAGGAGGCGCAGGGGAAGCACAGCUACCGCCUGGCCAUGAACCACUUCGGGGACCUGACAAACGAGGAGUUUAAUCGGCUCCUGAACGGCUUCACCCCGGCACAGCACGAGGAGCUCAGGCCGGUCUUCCGAGCCUCGGCCACCCUGAAGACCCCAGCGAGCGUGGACUGGCGGGCCAAGGGCUACGUGACGCCCGUGAAGAACCAGGGGCUCUGCGGGUCCUGCUGGGCCUUCAGUGCCACAGGGGCCUUGGAGGGGCUGAUGUUCAAGCGGACGGGGAAGCUGGUGGUGCUGAGCGAGCAGAACCUCAUCGACUGCACCCGACAGCUGGGCAACCACGGCUGCAGGGGCGGCCACAUGGACCGAGCCUUCCAGUACGUGCGCGACAACGGCGGCCUCAACUCGGAGAGUUUCUACCCCUACACGGGCAUGGACAACUCCUGCUGCCGAUACAACCCCCGGGACAAGGCGGCCAACUGCUCCGGCUUCGGGAGGGUGGCGCAGGGCAGUGAGGAGGCCCUGGCGCAGGCGGUGGCCACCGUGGGCCCCGUGUCGGUGGCAGUGGAUGCCAGCUCCUUUCGCUUCUACAGCUCGGGAAUCUUCGGCUGCGGCUCCGGCAACCGGAGUACGAACCACGCCAUGCUGGCCGUGGGCUACGGCACCGCCCGGGUGGGCGGCCACAACCUCAGCUACUGGAUCCUAAAGAACAGCUGGGCAAAGACGUGGGGAGAGCAGGGCUACAUGACCCUGCUGAAGGACGCCGGCAACCAGUGUGGGGUGGCCAACCAGGCCAGUUAUCCCCUGCCCUGAGCCAGGACAGCCCCCCCUCCCUGCCCUGGCUGCGCUUCCACGGCUGUUUCCUUCUGGAAAAGGGGCUUUCCUUCGUGUGCAGCGAGAAGCAAUUAAAAGUGGCAUGGU